AUGAAAGACUUUUUAGGAGAAGGAAGUCAAGCAGGACAAACAUUGCUCAGACUUGUCUCCCGUGGAAAUGCAAUCAUUGCAGAGAUGUUGCGUCUUAGUGCACACAUUCCACCGACAUUCAAACUUGAGGACAGAAACGAUCGACUUAAAUACUCUGAUAUCCUCAUGGAUUUCCGAUAUCUCUCGAAUCCAGAUUAUUUUGAAGCUAAAAUUGAAGAUAAUAGAGAAUUGGUAGAUUUAGAAGCAGAGUUUAGAGAGAAUCAUCUUGAAAUAUUGGUUCGUUUCUAUCAUCUCUUUGAAAGUAUCUAUAAAUACAUCAAAGAUCUCGAACAUUAUUUGAUAGAUGUCGAGAAAGGUUUCUAUAUUCAUUUAACAAUUGAAGCAAUUCUAAUGAAUGGUGAUGGUAAACAAUUGGUAUCAGAAGCAAUCUAUUUGUAUGGUGUUAUGUUGAUUCUCAUGGACAACUUGAUAGAGGGACCUGUUAGAGAGAGAAUGUUGAUCUCUUACAUGAGAAACAAGGGUCCAGUCGAUUUACCAUUUAUCGACGAUGUUUGUAAGCUCUGUAAAUCAACCGGUUACAUUCCGGGUGCACCAAAGCGACCAAACAACUAUCCAGAGGAAUUCUUUGCACGUGUACCAAUCUCUCAGAAUGUCUUAUCGAUGGUGGUCGGUCGUCUAACUUCCGAUGACAUCUACAACGGUGCUCAAUCAUUCCCACAUCCAGAUCAUCGUAGUAUUGCUCUUUCCACUCAAGCAACGAUGCUCUACAUGAUCCUCUACUUUAUUCCAGAUAUCUUGCAUAAUAAAUUCGUAAAAUAUUAA